CUGCAGUGCGAGGAGAUUGUUCUGAAAGGUGCAAAGCAUGUUGUCGAAGAGAUCGCCCGGACUGAGUUAGUGGCUCAGCUUUUAGAGGAGAAGGAUUAUAAGGAGGUAGGGCGUCUGUUCUAUCAGUCCCACGAGUCUCUGAGCAAGCUGAUGGAGGUUUCUUGUCCCGAGUUAGACCAGCUAGUUCAUAUCAUGAGGUCAUCGGACGGAGUCUUCGGCGCCAGAAUGACGGGCGGCGGCUUCGGUGGAUGCGUGAUAGCCUUUGAAGUUGAACUGGAAAAUUAA